AUGUCUCUCACCAAGUCAAUCAAAGGCAAAGAUCAAGUUCUUCUCGACGGUCGUGCUCGUUAUGAUGGAGUAAUGUACGAAAUGUAUCAAGAUCAUAUAUGUCAAGCGCCAGAUCCAAAUGAAAUUGAAAAAGCUGUGUUCAGUCAUGAAAUUAGACAGAAGGCAGAACAAUGUCACGAUCCGCCAAGAUUAAUUAUACAAGAGGCACGGCUCAAAUUAUUUUCAGGUGCCGCUGCUACUAUUCCUCAAUACACAGCAUCACAACGUGCAAUUCAACGUAUUCGACAGGAUAAAGAUAUUCCAACAGAACCUAAAACAUUUGCCGCUAUUGUUAUUCCGCCAAAUUUUCAAAUUACCGUUACAAACCAACAAUUUCUAUUAUAUGAUAAUAACAACCACCAUCAAAGGUUAUUAAUAUUCGCUAGUACCGAACAAUUAGAUCUUUUGAAUGGAUGUGAAAGUUGGCAUUGUGACGGCACGUUCACUGAAUUACGUUUGAGAAAAGAGUUUCUUGAAAAUGCAGAUAGUCGUCACACAAUGAAAAAUUUAGUAGCAUUAGCCUUCGUUCCACAGCAAAACGUUAUUCAAGAAUUUACUCAAAUAAAAUAA